AUGAAGUACGCCAAUGCCCUUCUCGCGGCCCUCGCGGCCCCGAUCCAGGCUGCAUUCACCUGGAAGAACGUCCGCAUCGGUGGCGGCGGCGGGUUCGUCCCUUCCAUCGUCUUCCACCCCAAGACCAGCGGCGUCGCCUAUGCGAGGACUGAUAUUGGAGGUCUCUACCGCUUGAACGCCGACGACUCGUGGACCGCGGUCACGGAUGCCAAUAACUUUGCGGACGACUCGCACUGGAACCGGUGGGGUGUCGAUGCCCUGGCACUGGAUCCUCAGGAUCCCAAUAAGGUGUACAUUGCCGUGGGCAUGUAUACCAACAGCUGGGACCCGAACAAUGGUCAGAUUGCUCGCAGUUCUGACAAGGGCGCCACCUGGACCUUCACCAACCUUUCAUUCAAGGUUGGUGGUAACAUGCCCACAAGAGGCACCGGAGAGCGUCUUGCCGUCGACCCCAAGAACUCCAACAUUCUAUAUUUUGGAGCCCGCAGCGGUAAUGGACUGUGGAAGAGUACCGACGGAGGUGCCAGCUUCUCCAAGGUCUCGUCAUUCACUGCCGUGGGUACCUACCGUCCCGGCCCUUCCACCGAUGAGUACAACGGCGACAUUCAGGGACUUACCUUCGUCACCUUUGACGAGACAUCUUCGACCUUGAACGGCGCUACUUCUCGAAUCUUUGUCGGAACUGCCGACAACACGACUGCCUCCGUCUAUGUAUCCAACGAUGCCGGCGCAACCUGGAGUGCCGUCACUGGCCAGCCGGGCCGAUACUUCCCCCACAAGGGCAGAAUCCAGCCCACUGAGAAGGCUCUCUACAUCAGCUACUCCGAUGGUACUGGUCCUUACGACGGUACCUCUGGCUCCGUUUGGCGCUACGACAUCGCCGCUGGUACAUGGAAAGACAUCACUCCUGUCCCCGUGGGCUCUGAUCUGUACUUUGGCUUUGGUGGUUUGAGCGUCGACAUGAAGAAGCCUGGCACACUGAUCGUCGCCACCCUGAACAGCUGGUGGCCGGACGCCCAACUCUUCAGGUCUACUGAUUCGGGCACCACUUGGAAGAAGAUCUGGGAGUGGGCAAACUAUCCCGACAUGACUCUUGGUUACACCCAGAGCACCCCGAAGGCCCCGUGGAUCAAGACCAACUUCCUGGACACCGAUACCAAGGAUCUCGGGUGGAUGAUUGAGUCCCUGGAAAUCGACCCCACGGACUCCAACCACUGGCUAUACGGAACUGGACUCACAAUCUUCGGAGGACACGAUCUCACUAACUGGGACACCGGCGCCAAGGUCACCAUCCAAGCCCUCGCAGACGGCAUCGAAGAGAUGGCCAUCCAAGAGCUCGCCAGUGCUCCCGGCGGCUCCGAGCUUCUCGUCGCCGCCUACGACAACAACGGCUUUACCUUCAAGACCAAGAGCGUCCUUGACACAUCCCCCCAAACAACCUGGGCGAACCCGAUGUGGGCCUCGAGCGUUGGAGUCGACUACGCCGGCAACAAGGUAGCUAACGUCGUCCGCGUAGGAAACACCGCGGGCACCCAGCAACUGGCAGUUAGCUCCGACGGCGGCGCAACCUGGAACAUCAACUACGCCGCCGGCACGACCCAGUACGGCGGGUCGGUCGCCUACUCCGCCGACGCCGACACCAUCAUCUGGUCCACCGCCACCCUCGGUGUCCAGCGCUCCCAGAACCAAGGCUCGCUGACGACGAUCUCCAGCAUCCCCGCCGGCGCCAUCAUCGCCAGUGACAAGCGUAACAACACUGUCUUCUACGGCGCCUCCGGCUCCAGCUUCUACCGGUCCACCGACACCGGCGCCACCUUCUCCACCUCCGGUACCCUCUCCGGCGCCACCGAGAUCCGGCACGUCGAGGCCCACCCUGCCAAGGCCGGCGACGUCUGGGUCUCCACCAACGCCGGCAUCUUCCACAGCACCGACUACGGCUCCACCUUCUCCCUUGUCUCAAGCGCCCUCACCAACACGAACAAGGUCGCCCUCGGUAAGGGCUCCGGCAGCAACUGGAACCUCUACGCCUUCGGCACCGGGCCCGCCGGGCGCCGCCUCUACGGCAGCGCGGACCUCGGCGCCUCCUGGGUCGAUCUCCAGGGCACCCAGAGCUUCGGGGCCGUCGACGGCGCCAAGCUCGCCGGCUCCGCCAACGAGGAGAACCUCGUCUACGUCGGCACCAACGGCCGCGGCGGCGACAAGCAGCAGCUCGACGGUCCGCGUGACCUCUUCGACAUCUUCUGUGAGGGCGACGACGACAUCGACAUUGGCGACUUCCACGAGGACUAG